ACUCCUGGUUAACUUCCUGCACAAUAAUCUUGUACCACCACCAAGAGAGGACGAGGGUGGCUGGCGGUGCUGCUGCUGCUGCUGCUGCUGCUUCUUCUCCUGCUGCUGCUGCUGGGGCAAGGGCGAAUGGAUAAACGGCUGAAUUGACUUCUUUAUCGGCUGUGAAUCGACAAAAAACAGUUUGUGGUCGAUUAUAGACAUCUACCUGGCUAGUCGCUAGCUAGCAGCGAGCCCGCUGGAUACGAGAUUCCCAACAUUUGAUAGCGAGGCGUUGCGAAGGACAGGAAUGGAGGUGGUGGUGGAGUUCGAGUAUGAAGCUCUCCAUGACGACGAGCUGACCCUGCGGCUGGGCGACAUCAUCAAGAACGUGCGGUAUAUAGAGGAGGACGGCUGGAUGGAGGGUGACCUCAACGGGAAACGGGGGCUCUUUCCCGACAACUUUGUGAAGGAAGUGAAGAAGGAAUCCAAAGAGGUCAAGGAAACAAAGAACGAGCCAAAAGAAGAGGCCUCUCAGCCUCCGAGGAGAGAGAAGAGCGCAGGGAACGUGGCCAACCUGGUUCAGAGGAUGAGCACCAUCGGCAUCCCGACCGGCGGCUUCCAGCCUCAGCCGCCCGCAGCCGCAAAGAAGCCCAAGAAGAGACAGUGCAAGGUGCUGUUUGAGUAUCAACCACAGAAUGAAGAUGAGCUGGAGCUGAAAAUCGGAGAGAUCAUAGAAAUCACUGAAGAGGUUGAAGAGGGCUGGUGGAGCGGCACCGUGAACGGCAAGUCGGGACUGUUCCCCUCCAACUUCGUCAAAGAGCUGGACGCCAUGGGAGAGGACGGAGAGUCCAACGACGCCGCAGCAGCAGAUGAGACCGAUGCAAGUGCAGUGGAAAGUGUGACCACCCCCACAUCGCCUCAGCCUGCCUCAGGGAACGGGGUUAUCGCUCAGCCCAAGAAGAUCCGAGGCGUCGGCUUCGGAGAUAUUUUCAGGGAAGGUUCGGUCAAGCUAAAGGUCCGACUGCCCAGCCCCGACAUGGAGGAGAAGAAGGACAGACCAGUCCCAUCAUUACCAUCUGCUGCAAAGCCCGCCCAUCCCAACACGACAGACUUGCAGAGAGCAGACGCAGACAGCAAAUCCAAAGCUAAAGAGUACUGCAAGGUCACAUUUGCUUUCGAGGCCACGAACGAGGAUGAGCUGAGCCUGAAGGAGGGUGAUAUCAUCCACAUCCUGAGCAAGGACACAGGAGAGCCUGGCUGGUGGCGAGGGGAGGUCGGUGGCGCAGAAGGCGUCUUUCCUGACAACUUUGUGGUCAUGGUUCCUGAGGCAGAGAAAGAGACUCCAACGUCGAGAGGGUCAGUGAAAUCAUCACCUAAGCAGGAGUCGGAGGAGAAACCAAAGAAGCCACCUCCACCGUCAAAAAGCAUAGGUCCCAAACCGGAGGUUCCCAGUGCCGACAGGAAACCCCAUCCCAUCAGGACAGAGGACAGAGUUGACAAACCCACGCCAGAUCACAAACCAUCCAAGCCUGCAGCGCCAGUGGUCCCACCCAAGAAGCCGAUCCCCCCUCCAGGGAAAGGCAGACAGGGAAGCAUACCACCAAAGAGGCCCGACAAGCCUCUCGCUCCCUCGCCAAACCUCAAGCACAAUGGAGAGGUGCCUUCCACACGACCAAAGUCCGACUUUGAGCCAUUAUUGCCCAACAAACCCAAAACACUGUCUGGAGACUGGGGGGAGAAGACCUCUGAUAUGGCAGAUCUGAUGAGUUUUGAUGAGUUGUCGUCUACCUCGGAGAAGCUGUCUCACCCCACUGCGAACAGACCAAAGAUGCCUGGCAGGAGGCUGCCCGCUCAGUUUGGAGGACAUUCGCCCAACAAGGAAGUGAGUGUGGAAAAAUCCUUCAAGCUCAGUGAAGAGGAUGCAGCCAAACCAAAGCUAACAGAAACCAGAAAGCCUUCCUCAAACACCUUAUCCCCGUCACCGUCUCUCCAGAGGCCCGCCGCGGCCAGCGCCGAGACAAAGCCGAGCCCUGGGGCAGCACCGAGCUCCAACAGCGUCUCUCAGAGCAGCAGGGUUCGGCCGGAGCCUGAGGAGCCGAGUUCCCAGCUGGACGAGCUGAGGGGCCAGAUGAAGGAGCUGCUGAUGUCUGUGGAUCUGCUCAAGGACCAGCAAAUGAAAGAGAUAAAGGAGCUGCGACGAGAGCUGGAUGAGGAGAGGCUAAAGCGUGUGGCCCUGCAGAUGGAGAUUGAAAAGCUAAAGAGGACCGUCCACUCGACGUGAAGCUCGUGCUGCAGUCAACAGCAAGCCUCAAUGUCAGCUGCCGGCCUGUCGACCAACCAGAGAGCAGGAGGGCAGUUGAACGGCUGGAGAGACGGUGGGGAAUCAGAUGAACCACCUCGAGCACAAUCCUCUUUCAGUGAUCUACAAAAAAAAUAAACUCUCCCCACAUUUGUAAGAUUUACAUUUUGCACAUAUAAUUUUUUUCAAGCUAGAUGUAAUUAAGUUACAGAUGUAUAUGUUUCUGUUUUUUUCUUUUUUUUCUUUUUUAUUUUGCCAACACAAGAAAAACUGAGGCCUUACUUCAAACUACUGCGCUGGACUUGUAACUCUGCCACUCACACUCUCUCCCCUUCACUCUGGUGUUCCUCGAUCUCCUCAGGGAGGAGGUUCACUCUCAGUACUACUGACUUUGUAUAAAGCAGGGGGCGCUUGUUCUUUCCUCGCCUAAUUUUCUUUCUCAUAUUUUUUUUUUUUUUA